AUGUCUCUCAUUGAAACCAUUCCCAUCGACCACGUGCCCGCCGACCAUGCCGUACACGUUGCCUUCUUCAAGGACGUCCAGAAUGCCGCCUUCCUCCACUCCCAGCUGUUAGCUCGCAAUGCAGACUUCGAGUAUGCCUUGAUUGACGCAUCUGUGGCCGUCUCACGAACCCACAUCUUCGCUGCAGCCUUCAAGGCCGUAACCGCCAAGGUCGAUGGUAGCCUCAAGACUCCCAACGUCCAUUCCGAACUCGUCGCCUCUCUCAGCUCCGCCAACAACAUCGCAGAGGCCUACCGUCGGUACGGCAUUAGCCCCUCGAGCAAAGACGUCAUCGCCGUCAAGAUCGUCUCCCCCACCCCCGCCGGACCCAAGUCCGCCGAAGAAGUCGAGAAGCACCUCAAGGAACACUUCCAGGGUACACCCGUUCCCUUCACCGACGAGUCCAUUGCCACAUCCACCGACUGGGCCAAGGUCCGCAAGUACUACAAGCUCAAUGGUCUCGCUUGGCUCGACGGCAUCAAGGACGAGGCACAACACAAGGAGGAGCUCGAAAGCCUUGUGCUGGGAGCCAUGGCCUUGCGUACCGCCUAA